AUGCAAGAAAUAGAAAAUUCUAACUCAUUGCUAAGAUUGCCAGACGUUCGUACCAUUUCAAAUUGCUCAAUCAAGGACAGUUGUAACAGUGACACAAAGGAAAAGGAAGAAAAUUUUGAUAAAAAUGAUAGAGCCAACAAUAGUACAACAAAUACUAAGACCGAAUGUAAGGAAGAGAGGAAGAAUAUUAAUAGAAUUGAAUCUUUUGGUGAAUCUGUAAACGAAACACAAGAUGAGGAUCAAACAGGGGAGGAUCAGGGGGAAAAAAAUAAAGUCAGUAACGAUGAAUUUAGGUCCAGUAAAAGACAGCAUUCCGACCUUUAUGAAAUUGCAAGCGAUAUGCUUCGCAACGCAACGCCCAUCCCUAAUAUAGAACUUAUUUUCGAAGGAAUCUCGUAUUCCCUAUUUAAACUGGGUAAUGAUAACAAUUUUGAUUUGAUAGAUGAUGAAAAUGAGAAUGAUGACAACGUUAGCUAUGGACAAGACUUAAUUACUCACUUAUUUCAUGAUAUUGAAGUGUUGAACUAUAAUAUGGAACAAUUUUUUUAUAGUUUAAGAAAAGUCUUGGAAAGAAUAGAACAAAGCGCAAAUUUGAGAAAUAAAGAGUUGAUUAUAGAAGUUCCAGCAUUAGAUUUGAAACUAACUGAAGAUAAUAAAUAUAAUAAGUGCAUUGAGCUAAGAGAUAUAUUGAGUAUCUUUGAAGGAUUUGAGAAAAAUUCAAAGGCGACAGCAAGCGAAUUGAAUCAUUUGGUGUUAGAAGUUGAAUUGGGUGUUCGUUUUCUCACGCGUUACAACGACUUGGUAGAUUUAAUGCAUAAUAAUGCCACUUUUAAUCAAAUAAAUGGGUUUUCCAAUGAUAAAACGCACCCGGUUGUUUUAGAUGAUUUAAAUACAGAAGAUAAUACUAAACCUAUUGAGAUCAUGGAAAUCAGUGAAAACGAAGACAAUGAAUAA